CACGAGUCACACUCGCACGUAAACAUGUCCGCCUUUACCGUCUCCGCCAACGCCGCCGCCCUCGGCUCCGUCAAGGGCCUCAAGGCUCGCAAGGCCGUCUCCACCCGCCGCGCCUCCGUCGUCGCUCGCGCGGCGCUCAAGCCCUCCGACCUCAAGCCCACCGGCAACCGCCUCCUCGUCAUCGCCGACAAGGCGGAGACCAAGUCCGCGGGCGGCAUCCUCCUCACCUCCUCCACCGAGGCGUCCGGCCCGGGAUCCUCCGUCACCGGCAAGAUCCAGGCCGCCGGCCCCGAGUGCAAGUCCGUCAAGGCUGGCGACAAGGUGCUCAUCAACGGCUUCGCGGGAUCCGAUUUCGAGUUUGCCGACGGAGAGAAGGGGAAGUUUGUCACCGAGGACGACGUGCUCGCGGUUUUGGCCUGAUUCUUUGUCGUGCGAUGCGCGCGCGAUCGCUUUAUUAGGAGGAUGAGAGAGAGUGAGAGAGAGAACGGGCAUCACCCGGCUUUAUUUGUAAUAGCACGCACCGGCUGAGAAC